UCAGCAAGGCCAAAUUCUUACUAUGUUUCUCUUCUAGUUUGUACAGUUGCUAAAACUGCUUAGAAUUUAGGCCUUCUAAGAAAACUAUUGUGACAUUAACUAUUGUCUCUUUUCUUAUGAAUUGGCAGAAAAUGAUAAAUAAACACCCGGGUGAAAUGUCACCCCUUAUUUCAAGGGAGCGAUUGGCGCCAGGGACUCCUCCCAGAUCUCCAAGGCAUACAGAAAAUGGCCUCAAGAGAAAUGAUACCACAGAUUUCAGUCGAUCAAAUCCACUUUGGCUUUCAACUCAAAUGGAUACAAACAACUACAGUAAUGAAAAAAAAAAUGAAGAUACUGAUACACCGCAAACAACACAGACUGCGUUCUCACCAUGUUAUGGCUGGCAAGGUCGAAAACCGGCAUUAACAAGGAAUACAAGAAAACCAACAAAAAAACUUCUGUUUAAAGCUGUAUCUGAAGGGGACACUGAGAUGUUAACUGAUCUCCUUUCAGAAGCAAAGUCCAGUUCAAGGGUGUAUUCAGUGACGCAGGCCAAAGAAUUCUUUAUGCAUAAAUUAACCUCAAAGGACACUGGAAAAACCUGCCUGAUGAAGGCCUUAUUAAAUAUUAAUGAGAAGACACCAGAGGUCGUGCGCAGUCUCCUUACAUUUGCUGAAGAAAAUGACAUUUUGGAGACAUUUAUUAAUGCAGAGUACACAGAAGAGAAUUAUAAGGGCCAAACUGCAUUAAAUAUUGCUAUUGAAAGAAGACAAGUUGAGCUUGUCAAGUACCUGAUUGAAAAAGGUGCAAAGAUCGAUGUACGGGCUCAGGGGCGAUUCUUUAAUCCAAAGAAUAAAUAUGAAGGAUUUUAUUUCGGUGAAACACCAUUGGCACUGGCUGCAUGCACAAAUCAACCUGAGAUAGUGCAGCUUAUAAUGGAUAAAAGCCCAACCAUUGGCACCAUCCAGGACUCUCUAGGAAACACAGUACUUCAUGCUUUGGUCAAUGUGGCAGACAAUUCUGAAGCACAAAAUGACUUCAUUAUCGGAAUGUAUGACACAAUCCUCAGAAACUGUAAAAACAAAUCGCUAGAACAGAUUCCUAAUAACGAAGGUCUGACAUCAAUGCAGCUAGCGGCAAAGCUGGGGAAAACAGAGAUCCUUCACUAUAUACUAAGUCGGGAAAUCAAAGAGAAAGAAAACAUGGUUCUCUCUCGUAAAUUCACAGACUGGGCUUAUGGACCCGUCUCUUCUUCUCUGUAUGACUUAACAAGCAUAGAUACCUGCUGGCCGAACUCUGUACUAGAAAUUGUGGUUUAUAACACAGAUAUUGAUAACCGUCACGAGCUACUAACUUUGGAACCACUGCACACACUUCUGCAAAUGAAAUGGAAAAAGUUUGCAAGAUACAUGUUCUUUUUGUCUUUCCUGUUAUCCUUCACCUACAAUAUUGCUCUGACCCUUGUGUCUUAUUAUAGGCCACGUGGAGAGCAGGAUGUAUAUCCACUGAACCUGUCAUAUGAAAAUGGAUGGUUACAAUUAGUCGGACAAAUGUUUAUAAUCGUUUGUGCCACAUACUUGAUGGUCAAAGAGGCUGUUGUCAUGUUUUUGGUCAAGCAGUCCGAUCUAAAGUCUGUUCUGUCGGAUGCCUGGUUCCAUAUCCUUUUUUUUAUACAAGCAGUCCUGGUUAUAGUGUCAGUUUUCUGUUAUUUAUUUGGGGUGGAUUUUUAUCUUGUAUUCCUUGUCUUGGCUAUGGCACUUGGAUGGAUGAAUUUACUUUAUUAUACAAGAGGAUUUCAGUCUUUGGGGAUAUACAGUGUUAUGAUCCAGAAGGUCAUCUUAAACGAUGUGCUGAAAUUCUUGUUUGUAUACAUUCUAUUUCUGCUUGGAUUCGGAGUUGCGCUUGCAUCAUUACUUGAAAAUUGCGAAGAUGGGGAAGAGUGUCAAAGUUUAAGCACAGCCAUAUUGGAACUGUUUGAACUCACCAUAGGAUUAAGAGGCCUGGAAAUGGAUAAGGAUCCAAAAUAUCCUGUUCUGUUCCUUUUUCUCCUCAUAACAUUUGUGAUACUUACAUUUGUGCUUCUUUUAAACAUGCUGAUUGCCCUAAUGGGUGAGACUGUGGAAAAGAUAUCACAGGAAAGCGAGCACAUCUGGCGGCUUCAGAGGGCCCGGACAAUUUUAGAAUUUGAAAAAAGCUUACCAGCAUGGCUGCAAGCCAGAUUUCAGCUUGGAGAAUCAUGCACGGUCUCUAAGGGUGACAACAACAGGAUCUGCUUGAGAAUUAAUGAAGUAAAAUGGACUGAAUGGAACAACCAUGUUACCUGCAUAAAAGAAGAGCCUGGGUUAACAUUUUUUCCUGAUACCAAAGAUACAAACACAGCAAGUGAAGAUGAGCUUGAUAGUUUUGAGAAAUUUGCAGGAAUUUCAAUCAGUGUUGGAGACCUUGAGGAUCAAGCAAUGGAGACAACUGUUUAACCACCUUAUAAAUUUAUAUACUGUGAAUGCUGAUGACUGAUGCCUGUUGCUUUAUGUUAUGAUUCAACAAUCUAAGAUAUAAUUUUUCUACAUUACCAAACACUUACUGUGAAUGUUAUUUUUAACCAGGUAUAUAGCAAAGUAUGCUGCUAAACUGCAUAUGGUAACAAAGCAGACAUAAAUUUGAUAUGCAUACCAAUUUGGGUUAGGAAAUAUUAUAGGCCUAACAUCAACAGAACUACAUAAACCCUGACAGACCUGGUGAAAAGGUCUCUAAUAAAAGCUACUGCUAUGGGACUUGGCAAUAUAAGCCAUAACAUUAUAAUAAUGCCCCUGUGUAAGCGCACAUUAAAUCCUUGUGUUUAUAAGGUCUUAUUUAUUUUAUAAUUGAUUGUUUUUCAUUUUUUCUUGCCUGUAUUUAUAAAUGUUUUCAAAGUGAUGCUAUACUUUAGUUACGAUAAAUGAAGGAUUACUCUCAGAAAGAUAUUUACUAUAUCUGUGUAUAGUUAAACAUUUCAAAAAGAAAAAAAAAUAUUCUGAAUCUCAACCGCCCCUUUCAAAGGUGGAGAUUUCAAUUAUAUUAAACAGAUAUAAAUUGUUAGAAAUUGUGCCACACAGCCAUAAUUAAAUAGUAUAAAGUAAAAAAAAAUCAAAACGAUCAAAAACCCUGUUUUAUCUUGAUAUUAAAUCAAAUUUAUAGACAUGCUUAAAAGACAGGUCAUUCUGUAGACAAAUCUAAACUGAAUGGUUCACACUCAGAACAGAAAUAAAGUACACUGUAUACCUUUAUGGAUUUAAUUAUCAUGUUUAUUGAAUGUAUUUUUUUUAAAAUAUUUUUUAAAUGACUAUAAUGCAUAGAUUUUUAUACAAGAUUAUUACACAUAGCUAAUAAAUAGGGUAAGGAAUUAUGUCGAGCUGUUCAUUGUUAUUUUCCCAACACUUUGAUGUUCCUCCUAUAACAGUAUACUGUACACAAAGGGGCACAUUUACAAAAGCACAAACGCACGAGUGUUCAUGCGAUUUUUUCGGGCUUCCGCACGACUUUUUCAUACGGCGCACAACUUUUUCGGACGUUUGCACGAAAAAAUCGGAAAGGUUUUACCGCUGUUUACAAUUGUUCGGUACGAAAAUUUCGUGACUUUCGGAUCGCCAAUACGAUAUUAUCGUGACUAAUACGAUUUUUUCAUAAGCAUUUUCGUGAUAUUUGCGAUCUUACGAAA